GAAUCGCAAACAUCUACCAACUUCAAAACCUCGGUCAUUCUUGGUUUUGAACGGACUCUGAGUCUCUCGAGUCUAUAGGAACUCUAUUUGGAGUUUUCUUUCUUUUGCGCACUUCCCAGCGCUAUAAUUACGACAAAACACCAUCAACCUCUUCUGUGUCGUAUCGCGAACUAUCGCCAACUUCAACAUUUCUCACAAUGGCGUCCGACGAGAUUAUUUGGAACAUUAUCAACGGCAAUGGUGGAUUCUGCUCUUACAGACUUAAAACCCCACAUGUGAAAGCACAAAAUGCCUUCUGUCGUAACGAAUACAACCACAGUGGCUUGUGUAACCGUCAGUCUUGUCCUCUCGCCAACUCUCGCUAUGCCACGAUUCGAGAAGAGAACGGGAAGUUAUACGCUUGCCUUAAAACGGUUGAAAGAUCACAUAUGCCUAGCAAAUUAUGGGAAAAGCGCUUGUUGUCUCGUUCUUAUAGUGAAGCUCUCAAGCAACUGGAUGAGUUGUUGAUCUACUGGCCCAAGUAUAUGAUCCACAGGUGCAAGCAACGUCUUACACGCCUGACACAAGUUCAAAUCCGCAUGCGCCGCAUUGCAGCUGAGGAUGAACGAUUGGGCGAGAAGCUCGUCCCGAAGAUGGCACCCAAGAUCAAGCAUCGCGAGCAGGCCCGUGAGCGCAAGGCCGAGGCAGCUGCCAAACUCGAGCGCACGAUUGAGCGUGAGCUCGUCGAACGCCUACGACAGGGUGCCUACGGUGAUCAGCCCCUCAACGUCAGCGAGCACAUCUGGAAGAAGGUCCUCAACGCCAUGGAGCGUGACGGCGCUGGCGAGCGUGACACCGAUAUGGACAAGGGUCUCGAUGAGAAUGGCGAGGAAGUCGAGUGGAGCGAGGAUGAGGAGGAGGACAACCUCGAGAAGGAGGUCGAGUAUGUUUCCGACAUUGGCGAGAGCGAUGACGAGCUCGGCGACCUUGAGGAGUGGCUCGGCAGCGACGACGAUGAGGAGAACGAGGAGGAAGAAGACAGCGAAGAGUCCGAGAGCGAGAAGUCCGGCAACAAGCGAAAGCGUGGACGGGCCAUCAAGAUGAAGAACAAGAAGCCCAGACAGGAGGAGAAGGAGAAGCUGAUGCUGACCAACGAUCUGUCAUGGUAAUUGCUCUUGUACAAAGUAAAGCCUCGGCGUUUGCGGAGUUUGCGUUUCCUAAGCAAGAUGAAAUGAAAAUGGGGAGAAGGAAAGAAAAAAGCAUCAUGAUGGAUGGUCUUCACUUUGCACCAUCUGGGACACAUUGCGGUACACUAGUCUACUUUAUUUCUGCUGAGCGGGUUUGCUUGGUAGUUUACAGACAUCAAAUAGACUGUCAUUUAAUUAUUCUC